AUGUUCUGCAAAGCUACGCUUGUCGCUGUCGCUCUUGCGCUCAUCAGCUCUGCCUCCCCUGUUGUGCAGGAGGAAGGUCACCGGGUGACUUCGUACAAACGGAGCAUUCUGACCAACCCGGAUGGCACGUUCGACCACGAGCGUGCUAUUCACCAGGCGGUGCGCACUCACAACAAACAUCGCCAGAACUUGGUGAAUCUCGCCGCCAAUGAAGGCCACGAGGCAUUCAACGAGGGCGCUGAAAUCCAGCCGCCAAGGACCUACCAGGUCCAUGAGAAGCGUCAGAAGGAGCCCACCAUCGACGAGGACAAUGACCUCGAGUGGGCCGGCACGAUCUCCAUCGGUACCCCUGCCCAGAACUUCCUGAUCGACUUUGACACCGGUUCAUCAGAUCUCUGGGUGCCCUCUAUCAACUGCACGAGCUCGACGUGCACAAAGAAGAACCGCUACUCCGCUGCGAAGUCGUCCACCGACGCACUUAAGUCGGGCAGCUUCUCCAUCGAGUACGGUGACGGCUCGACGGUGUCCGGGCCCCUUUACACCGACACCGUCAACGUUGCGGGCAUCAAGGUCACCAACCAGUACUUCUCGCCCGUCACGACGCUCUCGAGCUCGUUCGCCAGCGACCCCGAGGACGGCAUCCUCGGCCUCGCGUUCCCGUCGAUCUCGAACGAGAAGCAGAGCCCGUACUUCAACACCGCAAAGACGCAGGGCGCCGUCAAGAGCGGCGUCUUCGGGAUGAAGCUCGCGUCGUCGGGCUCCGAGCUCUACCUCGGCGGCACGGACACAUCGCUGUACACGGGCGCGAUCGAGUACCACGCCGUGACCGGCUCCGGCUUCUGGCAGGCGAGCGGCGCGAAGGUCUACGCGAACAACAACCUCGGCGGCUCGGGCUUCCAGACGGUCAUCGACUCGGGCACGACCAUCAUGUACGGCCCGCCGAGCGCGGUCAAAGCCUUCUACGCGCAGGUGCCCGGCUCGCAGGUGUACGACUCAUCGAACGGCUUCUACUCGUUCCCGUGCAACUCGGUGCCGAAGGUCGCCUUCAACUGGGGUGGCAAGAACUGGACUGUCUCUGCUGCGAACUUCAACCUCGGCCAGACGUCUCCGACCUCAAACCAGUGCGUUGGCGCGUUGGCUGGGGAAAACCUCGGCCUGGGCAACAACGUGUGGCUGCUCGGCGACAGCUUUAUGAAGAACGUGUACUCCGUGUUCUCGUUCGACAAGAACUCCGUCGGCUUUGCAACGCUCUCAUAA